AAAGUCUAGAAUAAAGACUUUGAAAAAAGAAUAGGCUAUUAUAUAUGAUAUGGUGCAAGAGACACAUACUAGUGGAUUUGGGUGGGAUGAUCAAAAGAACAUGGUUGUUGCUGAUGAUCCUGUAUGGGAAUCUUACAUACAGAGUCACAAGGAGGUGGCCCCAUUUAGAAGAAAGAGUUUUCCUUUCUUCAAUGAGCUUAGUCUUAUUUAUGCAAGAGAUCGUGCAAUAGGAAAAGAUGCACAAACUGCAAUAGAUAUCCUCGAAGAAAUGCAGGACUGUAAUGAUACAAUAAAUGUGAAAACUGAAGGUGAAAACCUAGCUAGAUAUAGUUUCGACGAUGAGGAUUUCUCUAAUAUUCAACCUCAAACAUCAGCUCCUGAAAGUGAAACAACUUCAGUAAGGAAGAAGAAAAGGAAAAAUGAGACGAGUGAUCCCAUUACAUCCGAAUCAAUUAUUACUGCUGCCACGAUAUUGGGUGAAAACAUAAAAGAGGCUGGAAUUGAGUUUAGCAAAAGUGUUGGGGCAGAGGUGAACAUCCAACAAAAGGCUUAAGAGUUGGAUGGAAUUUUAAGUCAAGUAAAGGGAUUGACAGCAAUGGAAAGGGUUCUUGCUUCGAUUAAAUUUCUUGAAUCUCCGACUCUUAUAUUUGUGUUUUUCAGUAUUGAUCCUGAUCGAAGACCUAAAUCGCUGAGGAUAUUUCUUGCUGACUGUUGAGCUUUGAUGGCUCUAAAACUUUUUGUGAAGGCAAGUUCCUGAUAUUGUAAGUUUUUGGCACUUCUGGUUGAUGUUGAUACUAAUUAUGAGGUUCAUUAACAAGUCUAAACCCUUUUGAGUUGACCGUUGUGUUGUUGGUUGUAUAAUGGUGAUGUUAUUGUAGCUACUUUAAUGGUUUUAUGGAUGUUGUAAGUUAAUGU